UCGACAUGAGUGAACCGUUUGUUUUGUUUUCGAUCCGCAUGCACUCUGUCAGACCAGCUGCGUAUAAUCUGUGAGAUUUUGAACUAUCUGUAAUAUCUCCCAACAUGACCGACGAUGUGAAAAGGUUUUUCCAUAAUAUGUUACAAAGGGUAACCGGUCUGCGCUGUGUUAUGGUCACAGAUCGCGAUGGAGUGCCUCUAAUCGAUCUCAAAAAAGAUAAAUCAUCCGAGAUUGUAAUGAAACCUGCGUUCUUAUCCACUUUCACACUGGCGGCCGAACAAUCGAAUAAGCUGGGUCUGGGCCGGACACGCAACAUCAUCUCCGUGUAUGCCGAUUAUCAGGUCGUUCAGAUGAAUAAGUUACCGCUCGUCGUUACCUUUAUCGGAACCGAAAAUUGCAACAUAGGACAUGUUUUAGCGAUGGAUAGCCAGAUCGAUGCCGUGCUGGAAGAACUGAAAAGCGCUGUAACUGAUUCGUAAAAAGUUGAACUUUCUUUCCGAUUGAGUAAAUCCGUAUGUGGACAUAUUUUUUCUUUAUGUUGUAUUUUUAAGUUUGUACGUCUUACAGUCGAUACAAUAUAUAUAUAAAAUUGCCUUCAAAUUAAGUAAAAUCUCGUGCUUGAUGUUAUGAACUAAACAUUUUCCAAACGUU